GGCGCGGGCUCAGAUGAUGCUUUAUCAUUUUUCAUGUAUGGAUUGAAUCCUGAUCAUAACUGUAUGAUGCUAGAUGCUAUUAAAGAGUGGCCACCAACAAAAUGGAAAUGAAAGAGAAUUCUAAGCAUAAGACAUGGAAAAUGAGUUCAACCAAUGACCCUUCCUUAACUAGCGAUUCAGAAGCUAGUUCUUUGAAGAGAUUCACUAUUCCAAAGAUCGGGAAGACAACUGAGGAAGUUUUCUUGUCAGCUUGCAGCACCAGUACUAGAGAGUACAGCUUCAUACAUAGCACUCUAAGGCAGUGCAGGCUCAACGUGAGCUGUGAUCUGCAGUUGACAUGGCAGUUUGGAGAAACAAAGCUGAUUCGCAACAAGGAUCUGGAAAGAAAAUUCUCUGCUAAGAGGUCAGAGAUGCGUGAAAGUGGAAGACAUGGUAGAGAACUUGAAGAACAUUUUUGCUUUUUAGUACCUCCUCAGAGUGAUGUGAUAGAAAUUUAUGAACAUGGGAUAAGUGCCAAAGCAUCUACAUUGAAGAUACUAGGGAACCCUCUUCUUGGAAUUUAUAUAUUUAGACAUGUUGAUGUUGCCUUGAAUUAUGCUCACAGUCGAAGCAUCGUUGGGCAAAGUAUUGUGAUUUUUAAGGUUCUCUUUGGGAGAGUGAAGAAAAUCCAACCUUGUAUGGAUAAAAACAAAGUUUCUUUGGACCCUUCUCCAAACUUUGAUUGCCAUAUGUCAAGAUAUACACCUUCUCUGAAAGAUGCUAUUGAACUACAGGCCUACAAUUCAGCAGUAUAUGCCUAUGAAUACGAUAUCUUUUCAAAACCAGUAGAUAAACCUAGACAGUGUCUUCCUUAUGCAAUAGUAACAGUAAAAUAUAUUGGCCAGAAGGCAGGAAAUGGACAUCUUAUGACAUCUUUGAGAUUCUCCUCAUCAGGAUUUCCUAGGAGAUUUGAAAGGACAUGUGCCCUGAGUAAUUGUACAGUGGCCAAAAGAAUUGGAAAAGGAAAAGAUGCUACUGUCAUCUUUGAACACUUCAGGAAGCCUCUCAAUCCAUAUGUCCAGGAGAAUUGCUCAUGCAGCACACCAGAUUCGGAGAGAGACUCUUACAACUCAUACAUGUCUAACACUAAUGGAAAUAUGCAGAAUGGAAACUUUCCUGUCCUUGAAACACACAGUGGAUGGAGAGACAACUGCUCAGCAGAAAUUAGAGAUCCUUCUCAAGUCCCUGAAAAUAAUUCAGAUCAUUCUUUCAUGCCCCAUGAUAACAGAGAAAUUGACGUGUUGUUCAAUUUGCCAUACCUUAAAAGUAUUUUAAGUAACAUUUCUGCAGCUUAUUCCUCUCACAACAAUACUUGUUCAAGUACAGUUAUUACUUCAAAACUCAUUAAAGACCCAAGACUGAUAAGGAGAGAACAAAACAUGGGGAAAAAGAAUAAUAGUACAGUUUUAAGUGAUAUUUCACCACCUGAUAAUCAUGUAGAUCAUGUUAAUUCAGGAAUAAACUUGUCAUCUCUGCCAACUAAUUCUCGCACCUCAUCUGCAGUUGUCCCUGGUGAUCAUGCUGUUCUUACUAAUCAUUUUGAUGCCUCUUGCUUCCAAGUUGCUUUUGAAGAUACACAGUUUCAGACUCACAACAUGGGCUCAAAAGACUAUGAUUGUAUAGCAUCCAAUGAAAUCACCACAACAGGACAAUGUAAGGAGCAAUGCAAUUUUGCCCUCCCAAUUUCUUUGUCAAAUGUAGUUUCAGAAGUUGAGAACCAAAAACACAGUGAGGGAAAAGCCCAGAGUUUCCAGAAAAGAAACAACUUCCCAUUUCUAACCAAGCAAAGCAGAGAGCCACCUAACUCUAAGGAAUCAGUAGAUACUUGCAGAAAAGACUCCAAGAGUCACAUCUCUCGAAAGUCACAGUGUUCUAACUUAAAGCCUGUAAACAAGGUUGGUCACCAAGUGUCUAUAAUGUCCCCACUCCAAAAGAAAGGAAAUAUAGAUGAAUACAUUGAAAAUACUGGAAUGCUGAGAACCCCCAUUGGCACAGAAGACAAUUCUAAAUGUGGAGCAAACCAAAACUGGUGGAAAGAAAGUAAUACUUACCUUAAUAUUGAAACAAAAAUUGUUCCAGUAAAUAAUUGCAAUAUAUUACACCAAGAAUACAAAGAGGGUAGGAAUCUUAAUUCUGUGGGGGGAAAUUGUGAUAAAAGACGAAUGUCUGAAGAGUUACAAGUGGCAAAAUCUAACAUACCUGCUGCAAAGGAUAAGGAUGAACGAGAUCAUAUAGCAGUUGCAUCAGGAUGUAAUCUUACUUCAAAUGUAGAAUGCUUUUCACAGAAGGAUCCUCAAUGCUCUCUGGAAUAUGAAGAUACUAUUCAUACAAGUUUUGCCACUAGUCAAAAGCUAAUGGAACUGAAAAAUCAGAAUUGUGUUAACAUUGUGUAUGAUGCUUCCCAGGAAGCAGAAGGCAUUCCUCAGGCCAAAGAAGUACUCAUUGAUAAGUCACUGUCAGAAGGUGAAGGAACUCCAUCUCUUGACAAUUCAAAUUGCAACAUAAGUAGAGAAUAUAUGUGUGUCAAGAGGAAAAAUAAAAAUGAGCCACUUUCAUUAGAGAGCAUUCAGAAAGACUACAAAGAAACCCUUCAUCCUGGAGAUGAAGAUUCAGAUCCCAGUCUAUUUUAUAGCUCAAAGCUGAAUAUUAAUAAUACUAAUUUCAAAGGACAAAAAGAAGAUAAAGAAAAUCCAAAUGAGGCUAAAGAGGAAGAUAGUACUUCAUCUCCAGAAUACAACAUAGAGAGUGUAGAUAGACAUGAGAAGCAUGAUUUCCAUAUGGACAACAUGGUCACCAAUAUAGUUGAAACAGGGGAGAGUAGAAAUUACAACACAGUAGAAAUUCUGAGUUCUGAAGGAUCAUCAAAAUUUAACUUGUUUGGGGAAGAGAAAGACAUCCCAACAGACAGUGUUACUGCCAUAAAACAAAGAAGUGCACAAAAUGGUGGAAGUGUACAGCAUUUGGCUUCCACAGUCCCAGAAUUUGCAGGUGUGUCAGUAGAAGGAGCCUCAAAUUCUACAGACAAGGUAUCCAGUACUACUAAACCUACAUUAAGCACAGAUCAUGAAACUGACCAACGAUGCUUCCUUAAAGACACUUGUCCUUCUGGGAAUUCACAUUUUAGUCUAAUAAAGCAUAGGGUUUCUGAUUAUGAAAUUAAUAUGGAUAAAAAUAAAUUUCAGUACUCAUUUUAUCCAUCAGUAAAUGAGAACUCAAGUCUGGAAAAUGUUGAAUUGGCAAAUGAGGCUGAGAUACAGUGUGAUGAUGCUUUACUAUGGCCACGAGAUACAUGUAGCCAUGAAAAUGUUCUUGAUGAAGAAUUUGAGUUAUAUGAGGUUCUGAAGUCUCGAAUUGAUUGGGAAGGUUUAUUUGGAGGCAGUAAUGAGGAGAGAGAGCCUUUGGGAAGCUCCCCAAAGGGGCAGAAUAAUGAACAGCAUAGCACUGCAGAAGCUAACUGUGUUUAUUCCUUUGCACAAAAAAACAAAAGAGAAUUGCUCAACUCAAUUCUACUUCCAGAUCUCCAAGUUACAGUUAUUGAUGGACCUGGCUCAGGAUUCAGUCUCAAUGAUGAAUCUUUUGCAUUGACAGAUUUUUACAAAUCUAUAACUGAAUCCUCAAAACCAGAAAUAAAUGAGGGGAAAGCCUCAGGACUUGGCUUUUUUUCCCAGCCUUCUGGUGAAAAUUCAAGUUUUUCAUGUGAAGAUAAACUUGAUAAUUCUGUGCAAGAGCCAGGACUUGUGAGCAAAUCUGAAAUCUUCCAUUCCUCUGACUUCAGUCACAAUAUACAUGAGAAUAAUACAUCUGAAAAACUAAGCUGUGAAUCUUUGACUGCCAAUCUUUCUGCUGCCACAGUAACAAAUGAGAGCAAAUGUUCCUCUACAAAACCAAAAACUGACUUUAGUGAUGCUAGAAAUGAAAAAGACAAAAGAAGACUGCUUAUAUGUCCUAAGGACCAGACCAUGUCACAUAAAGACAUAAAAGAGUAUGAGAAUUCAGAGAGGAGGAGGAAAGUGACCAGCCGAGACUCAUGUGAGUGGUUUUCUUCCUUAUCCCAAGGACGAAUGAAAACAUUUUCACAAUCAGAAAGGCACAUUAGGAGUGUCCUGAAUAUUCUAAAUAGUGAAGCAUCUUUAUGUAAAAGCAAACGUCUGUCAAAAAAACUGGACAGAGCUGUUCUUCACUUAAAAAAAGCUCAUCGCAGGGUUAAUACAUCUUUGCAGAUUAUAUCUAAUGUGGGAAAAAAGAGAAAGAGUCCAUUACCAAAAGCUUAUGCAAUAACAUGUAAUAAUUUCUGGGAAAGUUGUGACCUUCAAGGUUCUGUGUCUGAAAGAAGAUAUUCUAGGCAUGCUUUAUCCAAAACAAAAUAUGGUGAACAGGGAGAAAAAAGACUCUUAAGAUUUGAUAUUGAUGAAAGAUUAGGCCAGGUGUCAAAGCAUAAAUCUUACAGGACAAAUCCAGAGAGAAUUGCAGAGUGCCUUCCUAGCGAAAUCGUGUCUGGCAGUGUCUCCCAAAGUCUCACCACUACUCACGUGAAACAUUGUGAUGAACAACAUCCUGAAUCACAGUUACCCCUCACUUACAUAUGCCAGAAGAGAAGGCAGUCAGAAGAGAAUAAUAGCACUGUAAGAAAUGCAAACUCACUGGCACCUGAGCACUCUUCAGAAGCAAGGGAAUGUAUGCUUUACCCAGAUGAGACACUAACUGAAAAAGAGUACCACACUGAUUCAGAGUUAGUUAACAGUGCCAAUGUAAAGCUUGAAAACCAUUCAACAUAUAAUAGUAAGGAUGUAGCAAAAGAAAAUAAUUCUGAACCUAAUGCAGUGAUACAUGAAAGUAAUUUAGCAUCUUUGAGUUGCAUAAAAGACAAUAGAAGUCCUAACACAGACAACUGUGAUGCAAGUGGUAAAGCUGAUUCUGACAUGCUUGUUUCAAAGGUAGACUUCAGUGCAAAGCACUUUUUAAAUGCUAAUGUCUACAAACAAGAUAAUCUUAGGCCACCUGGUUGUAAAAGAAACCAAGUAAUAACUUUUCCUAUAGAAGAAUGUACUAUUGCAAUAUCAACACUAAGCAUUCCUAAAGGAAAUAUCCUCACAGAUCCAUUAAGUCUAACAGCAAGCAAAAUCUACAGUAUUCCUCCACUAUCAAGCACUCUACUGUCAGGUGAUGAGGAAGAGUCUUCAGAAUCUUCCGUGGGUCAGCACAGACAUUCUGCAGCAUCUACUGCUGUGUUGUCUUGCCCUCAGCUUUGCAGGGGAAGAGAGUGCCUCAAGACAAAGCUGUGCUGUCCAAGUACUUUCCACGUAAAUGGUAAUGAAAUCAGACCUAGGAAACAUUCUAAAUUGGAUUUAACAUCAGUAACUGAGGAAAGCAAAAGUUGUAAGAAAAAUAUAACAGAGAAACUAUUUUCCAAUGGUUGUUCUCUACUCUUUAAAGAUAAUUUAAAGUAUUCUUCAAAAAGAUUAACAACAAAAGACAUUCACAAAAGGAAAAUUAAGAAAACUGAACAAGCAGUUUACCCAAAAAGUACAAGUGCAGGAGCUAUUGUUAAUAUUAAAUACAAAAGUCAAGAGGAGGAGAUCCUAAAAGAAUUCUUUCACUUAACCAAGAAAACAAAUGAAAACAAUGUAAUAGAUACAUAUCUAAGCACUAAAAAUGCUACUUUAGAGACAAUCACUUUGAAAAAUAUGCUUUUUAGUCAUCUUAGCAAAAGAAAGAAAAUGGAAAAGAAAGUUAGCAGCAAUUCUCUAUGUGACUCUAUUUCUAAAACAGCCAUUAUAAGAACUGGUCCAGCCAGUCCUGAGACCAGUAAUGCCACUGCUCUUCAGGAGAAGCCCAUGUCAUACAGAAGUGAAUUACCAGAAAAACAUUGCCUAGCUAAUUGUGUAUCUCCUAUAGCAGAACUGUCUCAAAUUUUGCAGAGGGCAGAUGAAUCCUCAUCUUUGCAGAUUUUAGGAGAAGAAACUAAGAUUUGUCAGAAUAUUCUCCCUUUAUUUGUUGAAGCUUUUGAAAGGAAGCAAGAAUGUUCACUUGAACAAAUUCUGAUUUCAAGGGAACUGUUGGUAGAACAAAAUUUGUGGAAUAAUUGUAAUCGCAAAUUGAAACCAUGUGCUAUUGAUACUUUGGUAGAACUUCAAAUAGUAAUGGAAACUAUUCAGUUCAUUGAAAACAAAAAAAGAUACUUAAAAGGUGAGCCUACAUUCCGAAGCUUGCUUUGGUAUGAUGAGACGUUGUAUGAUGAGCUGCUUGGCAGGCCUCGUGGAUAUCAAAUGCAGCCCAAUUUCUAUCCUGCUUUUCAAGGGCGACUGAAGUACAAUGCAUUGUGUGAAUUGCAAAAUUAUCAUAGCCAGUUAGUUAAAUGUUUUGCAGAAACAAAAAAAGAAAAUUCAUACUAUGCAUUAUUAAAAUACAAACGACAGAUUAAUGAAUGUAAAGCCAUUAUGAAACACAGCUCUGAUUGCUUUGACUUUUGCCUUUCUGUCCCGUUUACCUGUGGAGUCAACUUUGGAGACACCUUAGAAGACCUGGAAACCAUAAGAAAAAGUAUUUUGAAGCUGAUCACUGCCUAUGAGGACUCUCUUAAAAUUCAGUCAUUGCCAGGAAAAAAAGACCAUUUGUGGAUUAUUAUAGAAUUGAUCUCCUCAAAAGUUAAUUUUAUCAAGACUAAUGAGGAAAUAAGUAUUAAAAUCUCUCUUUAUGGCCUGGAACAUAUCUGUUUUGAUGCUGCAAAACAUCUUGUUUGGAAAGAAAAAAGCUACUCUUUCCUCAAAAAUUCACAAAAGAAGAACCAGGAAAUGUUAGUCACUGUGAAUAAAUGUGCUUUCUCUAGGUUGCAGAAGAUAUAUGACACAUUGAUCAGGGAUUUAAACAAUGUAACAACUUCCAAUAUUGAACUUGAGGAAGAUACUUUGAUUGCUUCCAGACAAUCAGAUGAUCCAGUUAGCAUAGAAAACUAUGGUUUCCCCAGUACUUUGCUUUCACAGCCAGAUAUUUGUUGUGUUAGUGAAAUACUGGAUCAAGCUGAGUUUGCAGAUGUACAGAAAUUACAAGAACUCACUCUGAGAUGUACAGAGCACUUAGAAGUCUUAAAAAAAUGCUUUCAGAAGCUGCAAGAUGAUGACAUUGAUGAUAUUUUUGUCACAGAAGAAAAUGUUUUGGAUGUGCUAAGCAAUCAGCAGCAUGGAGCUGUGAUUUUAAAGCCUGCAGCAGUUGAAACAUACAUUGAUGUUGUCAUGCUCUCAGAAACAGUUCACUUUCUUAAAAACUCAAUGGCAAAGAAACUGAACACCCAGACAUUUCGAGGUCUGCUCUGGUUUGAUUUAUCGCUUCUUCCUGAGCUUACUCACUGUCAAGAACAAAUGGCUUCUUUCUCACUUAAUGACAACCCAGCAUGCCUUUGGAAAGUGAUAGAGAGUACUGUUUCUGAGUUAAAGAAAGAAUUAGAUGCUAUCUAUGGAUGUAAUGAAGCUGUUAAUUGCUCGUAUGCUCUUCAUUUAUUCUCAAGAGAACUUGAAGAACUUUCAGAAAUUAAAAACCUUGUAAAGAAUUCUGAGUGUUCCAUUUCCACAUAUAUUGACUUUGUGCCAUAUAUAGCAUCCAUCAAUUAUGGGAACACUGUGGCAGAGUUAGAACACAACUACAACCAGUUUGCCAUGUUGCUCAAAACCAUGUUGUCUUUCCCUCAGAAAGAUUUAGGGAAAAUGGCUCAUGUUAUGAAAGUCAUGAAAACAAUUAAACACAUGAAGAUUAUAAAUGCUAAAAGUGCUAAUUUAUCCACUUACUUUAUCCUUUACCAAAUGCUACAUAACAAGAAUACUUCCCAACUUGAGAAAAAAGAAAAGAUGAAUAUUCAUGUUACAAAACCUGAGGAAAACAGUAGUAAGCCCAGUACUUCUACACAGGUAUCCUCAAUUUCAGAAUGUAUAAGCAAAACCACUUCUGAUUCCUCUAAAAAGCGACCUAUUGCUGCAGACGAGGGUGAAGAAGACUCUUGGGAAAACGAAAAUACUACUACUAUAUCCAGUUGUAAAAAACAAAAGGUUGCUAUAAAAGAUGUUACAGAAAUUGAUGGAGAAAAGACAAAGUUCAAGUUCCCAAGGACCAUGGGACCUCAUCCCAGACAUGAAAUCAAAGUAGCAUCAAGUUCAUCUGAUGAUCUGGAAAGAAACUGCUUAUCUCCAAAAAUGGCUGAAAGACGAAGCUCAUUCCCUGGCUUACCUUUAUCUUUCAAGAAUCUACAAGAUGCUUGCACAUCAAAGUCAGACAGCAAAAUGGAUUUAGGAAAUAGCUCACCUGAUAUUAUAGGAUCCUGCACCCAGCAACAGGAAAACUUAAAUAGCAUAAAGAAAACAAAAGUGAGUUUUAGUGCUGCUGAAAUUAAUGAAAAUAAAGAUUGUCCUGAAACUUACCACCUAAAAUGUGGAGAUGGCACUUUUUUAGAAGACUACAAGACGCCAUCACAGAAACUACGUGAAAGUCCUCCAGGGUACACACAGAAAACUUGCCUUUCAAACACUAAAACAAGAAUUGAUCAGUGUCUUGAGCCUGAUGCAGCAGGGUUUUCAGUCCCUACCUUCCAUUCUGCAGGUGCUAUUCGUCCCAACCUAGAAAUGAGCAGUACAGACUUUGAACAUCAAGAUAAUGAAAUAAUAGAUUUGUCUGUUAAAGCUGACACAGGCACCAACUGUCCAGAACCUCUGUGUGUACAGGACAAAAUUCUUGUUCUGCAAGCAAAUAAAACACCGUUUAUAAAGACUGAGGCCCAAGGAAAGUAUGAGGAGGAAUCCCUAAAUCCCAGCAUGGCACCAUGUAGUUCUUCUGAGAGCUCAACCCUUGUAAAGGGUGAGGAGAAUCCAAAAGUCCUACCUCACAGGCCUGACACAUGCUGGAGGGAACCUCCACAGCCUGCAUAUGUGCCAGUGUCUCAUUCUGAGCAACAGUUUGGGGCUUCAUAUCCCUCCUCUGCUUGGUGUGUUUAUCACUACAACAGCAGCAGUGGCAGCACAGUCACACACACAUACCAGGGGACAACGUCUCAUGAAAGACAGUCCCCUCCCGGAACAGUGACUGCAGUUGCAAGUACUGUCCAAAGCACACACUCUCAUCUCUUGUAUUCUGAAUAUUUUCGUUACUGUCCUGCGCAGCCACAAGUAAAUGCUUUUAUUCCAGGAAAUAGCUAUUUUCCAUCUCAAAUGCCUAUUCCUUACAAUUUUCAGCAACCAAUUUUUUCACAAUUUGCCUUUCACCAACCAUUACCCCAAGCUGCAUAUCCUUAUCCUCCUAAUCCAGGUGUGUUUCCAGAAGUUCCUUGGAUCUAUGCUCCGUGGCAACAGCAACCUUUUCCACCAAGACAUUAAAAAUACUCUUUUCCUUCUGAAAUAAAUGCAACUUUUCAAGAAUUUUGUUACCUAUAUAUUUUCUUAUUUUAACAUUUAAUGUUUAU